CACAGCCCAUAGCAGCAUACGUGCGUAUUGCGACGAACACACAGCCGUAGUGCGAGAGGUGCAAAAACAUGACAGCGUUUAGUGUUUGUUUAUAAUCGAUUCACACCAGGCAGCAGCGACCAGGGCAGGAUGAGGCCAAUACAGUGCUCACCCGCAUAAAAGAUUUCGUUUUGCACUCUUUCCCGGGGCGAGAAGCAACAUUGGCCAGCAAUUGCCAGCAUCCUGGUGGUGGCUCUAAAAAUAAGAAAUCCACUCACCGAGGGGAAGCGUGCGUGCGUGCGUGGUAUUGGUGAUGCUUCCGAACUGUGGCAAAUUUUGGCAAUGUCAUUCGAAGGUUUCCUGCCCUAGGUGAGGUGGAGCGGAAGAAGAGAGCUGCACUUUUGCAGCUGCUGCAAAAUAAUUACGUUCUAAUUGCACGUCUUGCGCGGCGUGUGCUCGCGUACCAGGAACGGGUCCCCUUCCCUCCCGUGUCGUGCUCUCGUUGCCGUUUGUGUGUGCGCGCGCGUCGUGUGUACUUCCCCGACCUGUUCUUCGAUGGGUGACGAGCUGGACAUGAACUUUGGGGGAUUGCGGGACAAGAAUGAGAUCAUCCGAAAGUACGUGGAUAAUCUGAACCGCCUGCGGGUGCUGGCCGCACGGCGCGGCCAGAUCAGCGAGACCGAGUUCAACAACUACCUGAUCCGGCACUACUUCCACAACAACAACAUCAUCAACUACAUCUUCGACAAGCACACGAGCCGCACCCUGCUGAAGACGGUGAUCGAGCGGAAGAAGAAGAUCAUCAACUUUAUCUUCGUGCUGCUGACGCUGUUCGUCGUGUUCUCGUACAAGCACGAGGUGUCGACGGUGGUGCUGCGCAACAUCCAGAGCUUCAUCUACCCGGGGAUGCGGUUCUGGCGGAAGGCGACCGUACCGAUCAUCGCGUCCUAUCCGGCGCUGAGCGAGUACUACGACGAAAGCUGCCUGCUGACCAAUCCGUACUUUCAGGUGGAAAACCUCAACUGUGAUCCGUGCGCGGACGUGGCCAACGUGCUCGACUUUACCUCGGUGCCGAACGAGGUGCCGCGCUCGUCGCUGGUCGCCUCGGCCGCCGUCAAUUAUCCGUACAUCUUUAAGACGCAGAAGGAGCUGAUCGACAUCGGCAGCCUGCAGGCGCUGGUCGAGCAGCACCGGUCCGUCUUCACCAAGGACGCGUACCGGGUGCAGUCGACCGACGAUGCCAUCCACAAUCUGGACGAUCUGUUUCGCGUGUUUGCGAACGUGAGCGAGCGCACCGCCGGUGGGCAGGGCGGUGGUUCCACCAUGGGGACGCGCGAAAGCCACAACGUGUGGCGCUGCAAUCGGAUGGAACCGGCCCGGCUGUUGCGGCGAUUGUUUCCCCGCCCGAACCGGCUGCCGGCGACGGGCGUCAGCUUGGAGCGGUUCCUGCUAAUCGACACACCGCAGGCACCGCUGUACAGUGUGCCCGAUGCGGAGUGUGCCAACAUGUUCGUGAUUCAGGGCAGUGGCAGCAGGACGUUUAUGCUGCGGCCGACGCAAGAGUGUAGGCACCGCUGCCGGACACUUUCCGUGCGAUUGCCACCGUACUAUGGACUAAUUUACAACUGGUGGUACUGGAGGCCAGUAUCGUUACCCGAGUUCACCGCCAAAACCCCAUCGAUUAGCUAUGUAGGCAGUUAUUGCUGAGAGGUGCGGCGUCGUCCAGCACAAUGCGCACCAUUUGCGCACCUGAACCUGAUGUCAAGCAACGGAACCGAUUUGCAUUUAUAGCAAGUUGCAGAAUGGGAUUCUUUCUUUUCGCUGCGGCGUGUUAUGGGUCAGAGCGUUAGCGUUACUAGAGAGAGAGAGAGAGAGAGAGAGAGAGUGAGUCAAGGAAGAAGCAUUACGUGUCCUUUUGUACGCAAGAAGACAGUCGGAAUUUCCAAAGAGUGCAUAGCGAGAGAGUAGGUCACGUUUGUGUUGAAUUAAUUUGAUAUUUUAUAAUUCUUUUGCGCAUUAAUACACCUUUGUUUGGAACCAAAAAGAAAAGGAGGAAGAGAUAAAUUUAACUUAGCGAGAGAAUCUACAAAAGGUGAUUCAACCCGCCUCAAAGCCUAACUAACGUAGGUAAUACAAUAGAGCAAACCUCCCAGUAAAUGAGAUGUUGUAUAUAUAUAAGUAGGAAUGAGUGUAUAUUAUUAUAUAUCAAAAGUGAACACAAACGCAUAUACCUAAAGAGCACACUCAUAAUCUAAUACCGCAUACCGGCAUAAGCCGCAGCUAAAGGCACAAAGUGAAAUCGAACGAUUGUUUUUUUUUUUCUGUUUGUAGCAUACCAUCCGGAUUACACGGAAGUUGCACAGUGUAAUAGAAAGGGAAGAAAGCUUUCUCCAAUUAAUUUAGAGUACUGCUCUAUUAAUCAGCAACCGGCUUCCAAUUACAGAGGGCAGGAUCCGGGGGUGUUUGAUGUGCUGUGUGCAUCGUUAUGAUAUUUGUUUGCAAAAGAAACGUGAUUAACGAAUCGUAAAACAACACACUGUAGAAGGUUUUAAACCAAAAAAAUGAGAGAGAUUCUUUAUGCUCCACUACUGGUAGAGAGACUGGCAAACUGGGUUUUUCCUUUUUUUUAAUAUUACUAAUGCAGAGUUAUGUAUUAUUUUUAUAGAAUAGAAACGAAUGCUGAUUGUGAAUGCGUGUAGAACGCGACGCGCAAACAGGAAACGGAAGUAUUUAUUGCUGUCUGUGUGGCGAGGGUAGGAGCAGAAGCGUGCGGCUUUUUCAAAAUUUACAACAGAAGAGCUAUGCAGAUCUCGAAAGCAGAUGAACUGUUGGCUACGCUACACCACACACACACACACACAUAAGGUUCAACAUUUACACCUGCAGAAGGGAGGGGCCACAUACACUCAGUUUCGAUCUGCGAGCCCCUGGAGCGGCAUUACAGUUUAAAGACGAAAUAGAAGGCACACAAGGAGUAAGGUGUUGCAGUAAACCAAAUGCAAUCAAACGAUGAAGCAAUUCAAGACGGCCAUAACAGAAGAAGCGACGAAUCGCUUUUCGCAUAACAUCCAGAAGCUCGUGUUUUUUGGGGUUGUUUUUGAUUUCUUUCCAGCAAAUUAGCGGAAUAAGUUCGUGUGUAUUGGUCAAAGUUAGGUCAUUUUUGGAACUGAUGUAAGUUUCAUCAAGAGAAAACGAUCCGAUGAUUAAAUCUCUACAGGAUUGCCACUAUUUAUUUCGUCCAACGUGUCAUUUCUUUUAGAAGAUGGUAAGCUCUUUGUUGCUUAGGUUCAUUACACAAAUUACGGAUAUAUUUGCAACAAUUUCCUCCUCAUGUAUUUCCGCGUGUCCCUAAACCAACACGCUAGAAUGAGCACUAUUAAAGAAAAACCGAACAGCAGUUAGGGAAUACGAUAGCGAAGAGUGCAUGGGAAAUGGGGUAACUGGUCUGAUCAACCGCGUGAAGCGAAAUUCUUGAAAGCAAAUCGAAAUUAACAAUAGUAUAAAUCUUAUGUUACAUACAACAAAAUUGCGGUUUUCAGCAAAGAACCAAACACAUUAAACUAAAGAGACAUGUAGAAUGAAAGUACGAUCAAUUAAAAUUCAACUCAAUUCUAACACUGUCCAAAA